AUGUGGCGGGCGAGGCGGUGGCCGCGGCCCCGAUGGUUCUCGUCCGACACGGCGGCAGUGGGCGCCGAUUCGGGCAAUCCGGCGCGGCGUCGGGUGGCGGCGCUUUGGGGGAACGGGGACCACGGCCGGCUGGGGCUGGGGGCGCUGGAGUCGCGGUGGAGCCCCACGGCGUGCCCCUUCUUCCUCACGCGCCCCGCCGACCCGCCUACCUCGCUCGCCUGCGGCGGCGCCCACACCCUCUUCCUCACCGAGGGUGGGCGCGUGUUUGCUACGGGGCUGAACGACUUUGGGCAGCUCGGGAUAGGCUCCUCGAUGCCUCAUACUCUGGACCCUGUUGAAGUCUCUGGAUUUCAGGAGGAAAUUGUACAAAUUUCAGCUGGCAACCAUCAUUCUUGUGCAGUAACAGCGUAUGGUGAGCUCUUCGUUUGGGGCAAAAAUUCGAGUGGCCAGCUUGGCCUUGGCAAAAGUGCAGGAAAAGUAGUCUCUACCCCAAGAAAGGUUGACUACUUGGCUGAUGUUAGAGUGAAAAUGACUGCUUUGGGAUCAGAGCACUCAAUUGUUGUUACAGAGGAUGGUGAAGCCUUGAGUUGGGGAGCUGCUGGUGCUGGUAGACUUGGACAUGGCCAUAAAUCUAGCUUCCUGGGAUUCACUAUGACCUCAAAUGAAUAUACUCCAAGGUUGAUAAAAAACCUUGAUGGUAUCAAGAUUAAAAGGAUAGCUGCGGGAAUGCUGCACUCAGCUUGCAUUGAUGAAAAAGGUACUGUGUUCAUGUUUGGGCAGAAGACUGAGAAGGUACUUGGAAGAUCAAAUGAUGCACCUAGACCAAGUGUUGUUGAAGAGAUACAAUUUUCAGAAGAAGUUGCUUGUGGAGGUUAUCAUACUUGCGCUGUAACAGAUCGUGGAGAUUUGUAUUCUUGGGGUUCAAAUGAAAAUGGCUGCCUUGGUCUUGGAGGUACAGGCAUGGUUCGCUUCCCAGAAGUUGUAAGAAGUUCAUUAUUUAAGCUUCCUGUAUCUAAGGUAUCCUGUGGUUGGAAGCACACAGCUGUAAUUUCAGGUGAAGAUAUCUACACGUGGGGCUGGGGAGGUGCGAACGGUACCUUCUUCGAAGAGGGCCAUUCUUCUGGCGGGCAAUUAGGGCAUGGAAACGACGUCGACUAUUGCGAGCCGAUGAUGGUAGAACUUGGCAAGAAUGCAAGAGCUGUUCAUGUAUCAUGUGGCUUCAAUCAUACAGGCGCGAUACUCGAGUACGCGGAAAACUGA